AUGCUGGAGCGGCUAGGAUCUGAGGAACAGGAAAGCACUCAGCAUCGGCUACUGGAACAGUUUGAACUGCUAGAAGACCACAGUAGGUGACUCACAGAGUGGCUACACCAGUUGCAGAGCCAGGCGGGACCUGAGGGUCAACAGAGGCAGCAGCUAGAAGCCGGUGAGUGCCAACCAGGACCAUCCAGUUGGACUCUAAAGAGAGAGUCAGGAGAGAUUGCUGGAGGCCCCACAGAAGGGGCUCAGCAAGCACCAGCAGAGAUGGCAGAUUUCCAGUCUUCCCAAGUUGUAAAUAUUGGGGGAGGCAUCCCUUUUGAACUUCUCUCAGAGAGCAACUGGCUGAGUUGGUCAAUUAAAAUGCAGCAGUUGUUAAGGAGAGAUGGACUGUGGGACUGUAUUGAAACUGAGGUUUUGAAACGGGACUCUGCUGAGAAAAAACGGCUGGAUGAAAGGGCUCGUGCCCAAAUUAUGCUGUGUUUGAGCAACUCCCAUUUAUUGCAUGUAGCAAAUGCCAGCACAGCGUUUGAGUGCUGGAAUUUAUUAAGUGCAAUGCAUGUCAGAGAAACUGCUGGAACUAUAAUUUCUCUUUUUUAUUAUUAUAUUCAUUUUAUUUAUUUUAUUAUUCAUUUUAUUUAACAUUGCGGGUCAAAAUGACGGAGGCACAAUCUGGUGUUAUUGUCUGCGUCUUGAAUAAAUCCUUCGGCUUACACUGUAAACGUGGCUUUUCUAUCGAGUACGGUCUCUGUUGAAAAAAUCCUUCAGUUUUCAAUUUUUAAAGGCUGUUGUUGUAACGAGUACAUCGUCGUUGACUCACCGGAAGCCCAGCUUCCGUUUUGAGUUUUCAACUUUUCUCUUUUUUUUAAAAAAAUAAUUUUUAUUAAGGUUUUAGACAACAAAGAAAGAGAAAAAAAACAUACACAAUACAUAUAACAACAUCACACACAAAAAGCAACACAAAAUUCAACAAUAAAGAAAAACAAAAAACAUAACAAUUUAAAACAAUAUCUCUUUUCCAUUUCCAUUUUUAAAUUACUUAUUUUCUGGACUUCUUCAUACCUCCCUCUUUUGUAUUCCAAUCCAAAUUAUUUGUCCAGCAGUUUCUUUUCCACGUUUUUAAUCCCAAUCUUUAGUUUAAUAAAAUAUUAAAAUCUAUAACUUCAACUUCUUUAAACCUAAUCCUUGGUCUUAGUAUCAUAUAACGUUAAAAUUUUCCCUCUUAAUAUCAAAUUUCCAUUUCUUUAAACAUCUUUAAUCUUAAUCUUUAAUCUUAGUCUAUCAUUAACUUUAACCUGUACAGCUGGAAACCACUUAUUUUCAAUCCAACAUCACUCUAACAUUCCUUAAUUUUGCAGUGUUUCUGAAGAUAGUCUUUGAAUUUCUUCCAAUCUUCCUCCAUCGACUCUUCUCCCUGGUCACGGAUUCUACCAGUCAUUUCCGCCAAUUCCAUAUAGUCCAUAAGUUUCAUCUGCCAUUCCUCCAGCGUGGGAAGUUCUUGUGUCUUCCAAUACUUUGCGAUGAGUAUUCUUGCUGCUGUUGUUGCAGGAACUAUAAUUUCUCUGACCAGAAGGCUGUUCAGGACUGUUAUGAAAGAAGGUGAGAAUUUGGCAACUCAUCUUCAAACGCUGAAAUCUCUGUUUCUUCAACUACAGCAGAGAGGUAAGCGUUACGAUGAGACUGACCAAACCUACAUUAUCCUUUCAAGUUUGCCUGAAAGCUGGUUGCCUGUGAUUAACAGCAUGGAGAGUAUGCGUCCCGAGAUCUGACCCUUGAGUAUGUGGUUGGAAGAUUGACCGAAGAAGCAGAAAGAAGGUCAGAUAGACACGCUGAACUCCAAGAGCGGAGGAGUUACAGCCGAGGGGGCCAGCAGCAGAAUCUGCCAAUGGAGCAACGCCAAGGUUUGGACUUGGCCAUGGCGGUGAGGAGAUGCUAUAGAUGCAACCAACCUGGGCAUCUCCAACGUCAAUGCAGGGCUAUACUUCCAGGAGACGACGUGGAGCAGAGACAGCAAUCGACGCAGAAACGUAAGCAGAAGGGGUUCUCUUCAGGGAAGAAGAACACACGUUCUGCUCAGUUUGUGUCUGCAUUUUCUUGAGAGGAGAGAAAGAUACCUCGAGGAACAUGGUUGCUGGACUCUGGCAGCAGCAGGAUUAUCUGCAACAGUCGGGAGGACUUUAAGACCCUGGGGAAGCCAGCCAAUGGAAAAGACUCAAUCUAUCUUGCUGAUGGUCGUAGAAGCAAGAUUGAUGGCCAGGGAACAUGUUUCCUGCAGUGCUUGAACACUACUCUACCAGAGACUCUGUCAGCAGUUUGGACUAUUGAUUACUGUCUGUAAGCUGUUUGAUUAAUGCAGGGUAUAGUGUUAAGUUCACGCAGGAUGGUUGUCUGAUAAAGAAUGGAACUCAGGUAUGUGGCCAUGCAAAGAUGCAAAAUGGGUUAUAUGUAAUGCAGGACAAGCCUGUUAAAGCAGCCCAGGUGGUUCAGGAUAAUUUGCCAGUUCAUAAGGGGUGUGUACAUGAACUGCACAGGAAACUGGGUCACGCAAAUUUCCGUGUGCUUUCAGAGAUGCAAAAGGUGUGCAAAAAUCUAAAAGUAAAUAGCUGUAACUGUUUCCUAGAUUGCAAUGUAUGUAAAAUGGCCAAAUCUAAGAGGAAGCCUGUGGCUUCUAAAAGUGACAGAGUAUCUAAAGAGGUUUUAGAACUUGUCCAUUGUGACGUGAUAGGCCCUUUUCCACAGAAGAGUGAAGGGGGCGCCAGAUAUGCUUUUCUGGUAAUAGAUGAUAAAUCACGUUGUAGUUGGUUGUUUUUGUUAAAGCAGAAAUCUGAGUGUUUCCCCACAUUCAGAGAAUAGGUUGCCCAAGCUGAAAAGCUCUUCGCUCGCCCUGUUGUGCAGCUGCAAACAGAUAGGGGCGGAGAAUUUCUGAACAAACAAUUUGGGGCAUGGUUGCGACGUAAGGGGAUCACUCACCGUUUGACUAACCCUUAUAGCCCUGCUGAAAAUGGUCUGUGUGAAAGACGUGGGGCUGCAAUACAGUCAGUAAAGGACUGUCUGCUAGUGGAUGCAGGAUUGGGUCACAACCAUAGGCUGUGGGGCGAGGCUUUCCUUACAGCAAACUUUUUGAUUAACAGAACCUGGUCUAGCUCUAUAAAAGAUAUUCCUUAUCGUGUAUUGUUUGGGAAAGAACCAGAGUGGACAAUGCUCCAUAACUGGGGUUCUUGGGCACAUGUAAAUAUCCCCAAAGCUCAGCGCCAAAAAGGGGGUGCUAGAGUGCAGAGACUGUGGUUUGUGGGAUAUCAGCCCUAUGGCAAAGGAUGGCGUUUCAGUUUACGCCCAGGACGCGUGGUUCUGUCACGAAGCACAGACUUUGCUGACCAGGACAGAUGGACUGUGAUCCAUGCCAACCCAGAUUGCCUACUGCCCCUGCAAGUAAGAGAAGAAGUUUCUUCUCAGCCAUUGGCAACACAGGAGCAGGAUGAGGAGGAGGCACAGAUUUCCCCAAAAGAUGUGGCAAUAGAUAAUACUUCUCUAGAGGAAGAGGAAGACGAGCCAGAGAUAAAGGGGGAAGAAGUAGUAGUUGUGCCUAGGUGCUCCCAGCGUUCAAACAAGGGUGUAGCUCCUCAGCGUUUGACCCUAGGAGGAGUGAGAGUAUGCAAUGUGAGUUGUGUGGAACCACAAAGUUAUAAUGAAGUCUUAGACUUACCCCCCGGGGAACGUGCUUUGUGGGAACAAGCUAUGAAAGAAGGAAUGGACUCUUUUAAACGUAACAAAGUGUUUGAGGUCAUAAUGCCACCACCUGGUGGCAGAGUGGUGUCAUGCAAGUGGGUUUAUAAAAGGAAAACCCUUGCAUCUGGGGAACCACGUUUUCGAGCCAGAUUAGUAGCCAGAGGGUCACUCAGAUUAAAGGGGAGAGUUAUGAUGAAGUGUUUUCUCCCACUGUAAAGAGUGAAACUUUUCGUUUAAUGCUCUCCAUUGCUGCUGUAAGACAACUAGUAGUGCACCAUUUUGAUGUUGAUGCUGCAUAUCUGCAUGCAAAUUUAGACCAUGAAGUGUUAAUGAGACAACCCCCUGAGUUUGAAGAGGGGAAUGGUGCAGUCUGGCGUUUGAAAAAGGCUGUUUAUGGUCUCAAACAAAGUGGAAGGUGUUGGAACCAGUGUUUAAAUGAAGCCCUUGUAAAACUUGGUUUUAAAAGGAGUGUGGCUGAUCCAUGCCUGUACACCAAGGGGACAGGCAACAAAUAUCUAAUGUUCUUAGUCUUUGUUGAUGAUCUGCUUGUAGCAGGGAGUUCCACAGAUGAGAUCCAGAAGCUCACAAGUCAGCUGGAAAAGAGGUUUAAGCUUAAAGCCUUAGGACCUGUGAGCAAUUACUUGGGAGUAGAAGUAAGGCAGGAAGCUGAUGGAAGCUUCCUAUUGAGCCAGAAAGAGAAAAUUCUUCGUUUGAUAAAGCAGUUUGGCAUGGAAAACUGCAAGCCAGUUCAGACUCCCAUGACACCAGAUUUCCCAAAGACAGUGUGUGAUGAUGAAUUUGAUCAGCCUGAGUUGUAUCACUCAAAAAUAGGAUCACUGUUGUAUUUAAGCCAGUGGUCAAGGCCAGACAUUGCAUGUGUGCUACAAAUGUUCUGAGCCAACGUGUAUCUAAACCCAGUACUGCCGAUUGGUGUGCUUUGAAAAGGCUUAUCAGAUAUCUAAAGGGGACAUUAAAUGUAUGUUUGAAGAUAUCUAGUACACAAGAUGGAAAAAACUAGAAGUAUUUGUUGAUGCGGACUGGGGAAGCUGUGUAGCUACUAGAAAAUCUACAAGUGGCAUGGUUAUGAUGUUUGCCAAUUCCAUAAUUGGAUGGAGGUCAAAGAAGCAAGGAUUUGUUGCGACUCAUCCUGUGAGGCAGAAUAUGGGAGCCUGUCGCUAGCAUGCAAUGAAAUCAUGUGGUUUAUAACAGAUACUAAAAGAUCUAGAUUGUAAAGUAGAUUUACCUAUCCAAGUGCAUGAAGAUAGCCAAUCGUGCAUUGCAUUAGCGGGCUCGGAAAUAAUGAAAUCCGCAUCAAAACAUAUUGCUAUCCGUCAUGCAAAUGUUAGAGAUUGUGUACAGAAUGGGGUAAUCAAACUGGAGUAUUGUCAAUCACAAGAUAAUAUUGCUGAUUUGUUUACCAAGCCUUUGCCAGCAACAUGUCAUAAUGAACUGAUGACAAAACUGGGUUUAUGUAUAUAGUGUAUGUAUGUAUUGUUUCUGUUGAGUUUUUUCGCAUUUAAGAAACAGAAGGGGUGUCACGGCUAAAAUUGCCGCUGUUUCUUUAAGUCUUAAAAAAGCUGGGUCAGCAUGAGUCAGCGACCUGCACCGGGUUGUAUAUAUAUAUACAGUGAGAAAUGUUUGUUGGUUGGGUUGAUGAGUAUGAGUUACUCGUGCGUAAACUGGUGCCUCUCUAGGCUAAUUUGCCUUGUUAAACCUUUCUGACUGCACAGCCCUUUCUAAUUGUGACUGCCUCAGUCACUGGCAGAAUCCGUCAGUGGGCGUUUCUUGAACCUCUUCCAACAUAAAAGUUGUUUGACACCCAGUCUCCUCCUCCUCUCACUGCGCGGGAGUCUUCUGCGCAGGGAGGGCGUGGGUAGCGGAGGACCUGUCCCCUCCUCACUGAGUUCCAGUGAAGAGUCCUGGAGCCCUCUCUCCGAUUCCCCCAUCUGCCCCCCUUUAUCCCUGGUGUUGCGCUUAAAUGCUUCCCCCUCAACUGAGCUGUUUCUCCCCCUGCUGCUGGGUCCUUCUCCAGCAUCAUCUAGGAGCCUCCCCUUCGCCUCUCGCUCCGAUGUCAGUUCCCUGACAUCCACCUCCCCCCCAGAAUCCCCUCCACCCCUGGACCGACCUGUGGGAUCAACUUCGUCCCCUUCGUCGGCCGACGACGCUGGGAACCCCCAGAAGGAACUGUCACCAUCUUCUGUGGAUUCGAAACCCGCUUCCCACCCGCUCUUACACCUGCCAACGGGGUGGUCCUCCCAGUCUGAUUCUUCUUCCUCCGAAACCUCUCCUCCCUCCUCCUCGGAGUCAGAAAAUCCCUCAAAAACCUCUUCAUCAUCUGUGGUUCCAAAUUGCUCCUCCCAGAAUCUCUCCAGGGGUUUGGGUUUGUCCGGGAACCGGCGGUGGAAUACCUCCACCAGAUACCUGUCCUCGAAGGCUUCCGUGGGAACCCACGUGUUUUCGGACCUGGGUUCCCCCUCCCACGCUACCAAAUACUCCACCCGGCGCCCUCGCCACCUUGAGUCCAGUAUUUCCGUGGCCCUGUGAUGGUGUUCCCUUUCUUCUACCUGCGGGUGUGUGGUGACUUCUCCCUCUUGCCCCUGGAAUUCCCGCCCUUCCCUAUGCGGUGAGAGCAGGGACCUGUGGAAAACCGGGUGUAUUUUCAUGCUAUCAGGCAACUUGAGCUUAAAUGCCAUGGGAUUAACUUGCUGUGUUACCUCAAAAGGUCCCAGCCGUCUGGGCUGCAACUUCUUGCACCCCCCUUUGAAAGGUAGCCCUUGGGUGGACAACCACACCCGGUCCCCCACCCGUAUGGUCUCCCCUUCCCUGCGGUGCUUGUCUGCCUGCCUCUUGUAAGUUUCCUUGGCCCGCUCCAAGUUCAUCUUAAGUUGCUGGUGCAGGGCCUCCAUUUCUUCCACAAACUGCUCUGCAGCGGGUACGCUCCAGUUUUCCUCCCCACUCCACGGGAAGGCCCUGGGAUGACACCCAUGGUUGGCCAUGAAUGGGCUCAUUCCCGUGGACACGUGUUCCGCGUUGUUGUACGCGAAUUCAGCCAGCGCUAGUUUUUCUACCCAAUCGUUCUGCCUCUCGCUGACGUAGCAGCGUAGGUAUUGCUGGAGUAUACUGUUUGCUCUUUCUGCUUGCCCGUUGGUCUCUGGGUGUCUCGCCGUCGAGAAACCCACCUCCACCUGCAGCAAGCUCAUGAGCUUCCUCCAGAACCGGGAAGUAAAUUGUUUUCCGCGGUCGGAGAUAACCCUCAAGGGGGUGCCAUGCAGCCGGAAUAUGUGCUCCACAAACAACCGGGCUGUUUCCUCUGCCGUUACAGCAUGUGAGCAAGCUAUAAAAUGGCACAUUUUUGUCAGUAGGUCGACCACUACCAUGACCGCUGUCUUUCCCCGGGACUUGGGCAAAUCUGUCAUAAAAUCAAUGGAUACCACCUCCCAGGGUUUUCCCGGCGUGGGUAAGGGUUCCAGUAAUCCUGCGGGGGCAGCCCGCUCCCCCUUUGCCCUUUGGCAGCGGUCGCACCCCCGUACAUAUUCCCGUACAUCCUCCCUCACCCUGGGCCACCAGAACUGCCUGGUCACAAGCAUCAUGGUUUUGUGCUGUCCAAAGUGCCCUGCUGUGGGGUUGUCGUGGAGUUGUUUGAGUACCUUUCCCCUCAGGGUCUCCCCCGGUACGUACAGCGCUCCCCUAUAGUACAGUACCCCUUCCUUCUCCUCAAACCCUUCUUGGGUCCCUCUUCCGUCUCGUAGUUCCCGGAUUUUAGUUUGCGCGAACACGUCGUUUCUGGUCAGCCCAGCUAGUUCUCGUUUCCCCACCAAAGUUCCCCCACACACCCAUCGGUCCUCGGGGAUCACGUGUCGUUUCUCCGGCGGCCCCUCUCCUUCCAGGUACUCCGGUUUACGCGAGAGAGCGUCUGCUCUUACGUUUUCCUCUCCGGGCACGUAUCGGAUUUCAAAGAAAAACUUGGAGAACUCCUGUGCCCAUCGAAUCUGUCUCUGGUUGAGUACUCGUGCGGUCCUCCAGUACUCCAAGUUCUUGUGAUCUGUGCAAACCUGGAUCUGUUGUUGCGCCCCUAUCAGUAGAUGACGCCAACGACGAAAGGCGCGUAGAUCGCCAGCAGUUCGCAGUCAUACACUGUAUAGUUUUGCUCCGACUUGCUCAGUUUUCUCGAGAAAAAGGCACACGGUUUCCAUUCCUGCUUGCCCCUCCCUGGCUACAACAGGACCGCCCCUACGGCUCUGUCGGACGCGUCGGUCUCUAGCCUCAGGGGUUUCUCCAGAUCUACGUGCAGGAGUUGCUCUUCCGAUGCGAACGCCUUCUUCAGUUUUUCGAAGGAUUGCUGGGCCUCUUCUGUCCACACAAACUUCUUUUGCUACUGAGACAAUCCAUGAUGGGCGCUGUCAAGUGGGCGAAGUUCUUGAUGAACUUCCUGUAGAAGUUGCUGAACCCUAGGAACCUCUGUACGUCCUUCCGUGUUUUGGGAGCCUUCCACUCCAGCACUGCCUGCACCUUGCUUGGGUCCAUCGCUAAGCCUUUGUCAGACAACUUGUACCCCAGAAACUCGACUUCUCUGGCGUGAAACUGACAUUUUUCCAGCUUGACCCACAACUGGUGCUUCUGCAGUCGUUGUAACACUCCCUGACGUCUCUAACAUGUUGCUCCUCGUUGUCCGAAUAAAUUAAGACGUCGGUCCAAGAAGGCUACGCAGUUCUUGUACAGCAGAGACCCCAACACGUGGUGCAUGAAAGCUUGAAAACAGGCGGAGCCCGACGGUAAUCCAAAAGGCAUAACUAAGUACUCAAAGGCACCUAGGGGUGUGAACAUUGUGGUCUUCUAUUCGUCCCCCUCCCUCAUCCUGAUCAAAUUGUAUGCGCCCCUGAGGUCCAGCUUGGUAAAAAUUUUGCCUUUCCUCACUCGCGUUAAAAUGUCGUCAAUCCUUUUUUUUUUUUUAAUAAUUUUUUAUUAAAGUUUUAAACAACAAAACAAGAAAACAACACACACAAAAAACAAUACAAAACUUAACAAUAAAAACACCAAACACAACAAUUAAAAACAAACUCUCUUUUCCAUUUCCAAUUUUAAAUUACUUAUUUUCUAGACUUCCUCAUACCUCCCUCUUUUGUAUUCCAGUCCACAUUAUUUGUCCAGCAGUUUCUUUUCCACUUUUUAAUCCCAAUCUUUAAUUUAAUAAAAUGUUAAAAUAUAUAACUUCAACUUUUUUAAACCUAAUCCUUGAUCUUAAUAUCAUAUAACUUUAAAGUUUUCCCUUUUAAUAUCAAAUUUCCAUUUCUUUAAACAUCUUUAAUCUUGAUCUUUAAUCUUAAUCUAUCCUUAACUUUAACCUGUGCAGCUGGAAACCACUUGUUUUCAGUCCAACAUCACUCUAACAUUCCUUAAUUUUGCAGUGUUUCUGAAGAUAGUCUUUGAAUUUCUUCCAGUCUUCCUCCAUCGACUCUUCUCCCUGGUCACGGAUUCUACCAGUCAUUUCAGCCAGUUCCAUAUAGUCCAUAAGUUUCAUCUGCCAUUCCUCCAGCGUGGGAAGUUCUUGUGUCUUCCAAUACUUUGCGAUGAGUAUUCUUGCUGCUGUUGUUGCAUACAUAAAGAAAGUUCUAUCCUUUUUAACACCAUUUGGCCGACUAUGCCCAGGAGAAAGGCCUCUGGUUUCUUAGGGAAGGUAUACUUAAAUACCUUUUUAAUUCAUUAUAUAUCAUUUCCCAGAAAGCCUUAAUCUUUGGGCACGUCCACCAAAGGUGAAAAAUGUACCAUCAGUUUAUUUACAUUUCCAACAUUUGUUAUCGGGCAAGUGAUAGAUUUUCGCAAGCUUGACUGGGGUUAUGUACCACCUGUAUAUCAUUUUCAUAAUAUUCUCUCUUAAGGCAUUACAUGCCGUAAAUUUCAUACCUGUGGUCCAUAACUGUUCCCAGUCAGCAAACAUAAUGUUAUGUCCAACGUCCUGUGCCCAUUUAAUCAUAGCCGAUUUUACCGUUUCAUCUUGAGUAUUCCAUUUCAGCAGCAAGUUAUACAUUCUUGACAAAUUCUUAGUCUUGGGUUCUAACAAUUCUGUUUCUAAUUUGGAUCUUUCCACCUGGAAGCCAAUUUUCCUGUCCAAUUUAAAUACCUCCAUAUUGACCUUUUUCAAGGCUUUCGCUUCCAUUGGUGACAGCCACCUUGGGGUUUUAUUUUCUAGCAAAUCCUUAUAUCUUAUCCAAACGUUAAACAGCGCUUUCCUGACAAUGUGGUUUUUAAAUGCUUUAUGUGCUUUGACCUUAUCAUACCAUAAAUAUGCAUGCCAUCCAAAUACAUUAUUAAAACCUUCUAGGUCCAAAAUGUCAGUGUUUUCAAGAAGUAGCCAUUCUUUCAACCAGCAAAAAGCUGCUGAUUCAUAGUAUAGUUUAAGGUCUGGCAGGGCAAAUCCACUCUCUUUCCUUUGCAUCCGUUAGUAUUUUAAAUUUUAUUCUGGGUUUCUUGCCCUGCCAGACAAAUUUAGAAAUAUCUUUCUGCCACCUCUUGAAACAAUCCAUUUUGUCCACGAUCUGCAAAGUUUGAAACAAAAACAACAUUCUAGGCAGUACAUUCAUCUUUAUCGCAGCAAUACGGCCUAGCAGUGAAAGCUUCAAAUUUGACCAAAUUUCUAAAUCUUUUUUCACUUCUGACCAACAUUUUUCAUAGUUAUCUUUAAACAAAUUCCCAUUUUUUGCUGUCAUGUUAAUCCCCAGGUAUGUAACUUUCUUAACCACUGUUAAACCUGUCUCAUUCUGAAACCUCUCUCUUUCACUCGGUGUUAAUUUGUCUCUCAAACCUUGGUUUUUGACUUGUUCAAUUUAAAUCCUGCCACUUGACCAAAUUCUUGAAUCAGUUCUAAAACCCUUUUAGUACUAGAUUCUGGCUCCUGUAGCGUCAAUACUAAGUCAUCUGCAAAUGCUCUCUAAAAUGUCAAUCCUGGGCAUUGGGAAGGUCACGGGUUCUGACACCAAAUUGACGGCCCUAUAGUCCACUACGAGCCUGGGUUUAUUUGUGUCCUUUUUGUCCACAAAGAACACCGGACUGCCCCCCACCGCCUUUGAUUCUCUUAUGAAGCCUCUUUUCAGGUUCUUGUCAAUAAAUUCUCGCAACUCCUUCAUCUCCCUGUCAGACAUGGCAUACAGCUUACCCACUGGCAGCUGAGCCCCCGGAAGCAAGUUGAUCUGGCAGUCAAAGGGCCUAUGGGGUGGCAGUCUAUCUGCCUCCUUCUCGCUGAAGACCUCCCGCAGAUCUGCGUAUUGCGGCGGCACCUCCCCUUUCCGCUCCACAGCCAUCCCAGCCACCCUGGCCACGGUCAUUCUUGGGGCUUCCCCCCCAGACAGUGUUCCAGGCAGUAAGCUGACCCAAAGGUGACUGUCCUCUGAUGCCACGCCACCACUGGAUCAUGUUGUGCUAGCCAGCUCAUCCCUAAUAUUAUUGGGGGCCCUGCUAGUGAGGCGACGUGAAAGGUGAUGGUCUCCGAGUGCCUGGACACCCUCAUUCUCAUUGGUGGGGUCUGGUGUGUCACUUCCCCUCCUAGAAGCUCCCUGCCAUCAAUGGUGGUCACUUGCAAGGGAAAAUCCAAAGGCAGUAAGUGGAGCUGGUGCUCUAAUGCAAAGUCUUUGCUGAAGAAAUUACAUGAGCUGCCUGAAUCCAGCAUCCCUUUCACCUUGACUGGGUGCCCGUUCGGGAGUUCUAGCACCACUUCGAUGGCUAUUGCCGCCUUGGGGGUCUGGUUGGGGCACUUUUACUGGUGGCUGGCCUGGCUGCUGUGCCCCUUGAUUGGCAGCCAAGCGUUCCCGUUUCCCUGUUCCUGUUCCUUUACCACCUCCUCCUCACCCCCUGCGGCUCCCACCAUUCCUUGCCAGGCCUUUCUUUGAGGGCAGGCUCUGGCAAAAUGUCCUGGCCGCUGGCAAAGGAAACACUUCUUGGAGGUUUUCCAAUCCUUUCCCUCCUUCUUGCGCCCUUCGCUGGCGCUUGAAACUUCCCGCACGCGUGCCCCAUCUAUUUCCAUUGGCUCUGCUGGUGGGGAAGGCUGCCUUGGUAUUUCAGGAAUGCGGUAGUCAUGGCAACAUUGCUCUCUCCCUUCCCGCCUCUCCUGGGCCCGCGCUUCCUGCCGCACGCCAAUCUCAAGCACAGCCUUGGUCAGCUGAUCCAUCCCCUGUGGGCGGGGUGCGCGGGAAAGUUCAUCCUUAACCGUUGGGGACAACCCCUCCUCGAAUAACAUUUGUAUGGGUUCGGAGUCCAGUUGCCACCCGAGGCGGUGAACUAUCAUGGCAAAGCGCGACCAGUAGUCCCUAACUGACUGGCUCCCCUGUUUACAGUUCAUCAGUUCCCGCUUUGUCACACUUUGUUGUACAUCACUGGAAAACAUUGCGUCCAUUGCCUGGAAGAAUUUCCUCAGGUCCUGCAUGGCGGCAUUCUGCGUCGCCAUAAGGGGCCUGACCCAUUCCCUGGCCCCGUCCUGCAGGUGACCCACAAUAUAUGCCACCCGCGACGCAUCGUCUUCAAAAUCGUCAUGCUGCAGUUCCAAUGCGUACUCUAUUUCCGUUCGAAACGUACUGUAUUCCUGCGGCUUCCCCCCAAAUUUGUGCACCAGUCCCGGUACCUUCCUUGCUAUGAGGGUGGGCCUGACCUGUGCAUCUUGAGACCGCCUUUCGUCCAGCCGCGCCGUCAGAAUGGCCACAUGCUGCUCCAACUCUCGGUUCCUCUCCACCAGCGUUUGCCCUCCAGCUGCUCCCCCCUGGGUGCUUGCUUCUCCGGGUUUGCUCAUGAUGCUGCCUGCCUGCUGCUGCGCACGAGCAACUUUCAGGGACUGACGGAUUGCUGUGAUGAGUAUGAGUUACUCGUGCGUAAACUGGUGCCUCUCUAGGCUAAUUUGCCUUGUUAAACCUUUCUGACUGCACAGCCCUUUCUAAUUGUGACUGCCUCAGUCACUGGCAGAAUCCGUCAGUGGGCGUUUCUUGAACCUCUUCCAACAUAAAAGUUGUUUGACACCCAGUCUCCUCCUCCUCCUCUCACUGCGCGGGAGUCUUCUGCGCAGGGAGGGCGUGGGUAGCGGAGGACCUGUCCCCUCCUCACUGAGUUCCAGUGAAGAGUCCUGGAGCCCUCUCUCCGAUUCCCCCAUCUGCCCACCUUUAUCCCUGGUGUUGCGCUUAAAUGCUUCCCCCUCAACUGAGCUGUAUCUCCCCCUGCUGCUGGGUCCUUCUCCAGCAUCAUCUAGGAGCCUCCCCUUCGCCUCUCGCUCCGAUGUCAGUUCCCUGACAGGUUGGUUGGUUAGUGAAAGCUGGUAGUGUUGGUGUGUACAGUUGGUCAGUCGCUUUUGCACAAAGACUUUUAAUAAUAAAAGCAGAAAGUACUCUGCAAGGAUAUUUUUCUCAUGGACUCUUUUAUGCUGACAAGGGUCCGAGGACCAGGCUGAGGCAACAAAGGGAGGUUAGGACCCUUUGUUGUUGUUUUUUUGACAAAAACUAGGUGCGCCCUAUGGUCCGGUGCGCCCUAUGGAGCGAAAAAUACGGUAAAGUCUGCUGUAACAAUAACUUCCCCUUCAGCGUAAAGCUCAUCACAAUUAUAACAAAUAAAGGCUUGACAUAUCUCGCUUUGCAUGUCAUGAGUCUAUCUCAUAUAUUAGUUUCACCUUUUAAGUUGAAUUACUGAAAUAAAUGAACUUUUCCACAAUAUUCUAAUUUUCCGAGUUUCACCUGUAGAUGUUAAAAAGCAUGGAGGAGAGGACGGAACCCUGAGGCACCCCAUAAGUAAGGGCCCAGGGGUCUGAACACUCAUCCCCCACCACCACUUUCUGGACAUGGCCCAGGAGGAAGGAGUGGAACCACUGUAUAACAGUGCCCUCAGCUCCCAGCUCCUCUAGACGGUCCAGAAGGAUGUCAUGGUUGAUUGUAUCAAAAGCCGCUGAGAGAUCCAGCACAACUAGAAAACAGCUCUCACCUUUGUCCCUAGCCCGCCUGAGAUCAUCAGCCAACACGACCAAGGCAGUUUCAGUCCCAUGAUGAGGCCUGAAUCCCAAUUGGAAGGAAUCCAAAUGGUCCGCAUCCUCCAGGCGUGCUUGGAGUUGUUCAGCAACCACGCGCUCAAUCACCUUGCCCAAGAAUGGAAGAUUUGAGACUGGGCGAUAGUUGGCCAUACUGUCUGUGUCUAAAGAUGGUUUUUUAUGACGCGGCUUAAUGACCGCCUCUUUUAGCGGGUCUGGGAAGGCUCCCUCACAGAGAGAAGCAUUCACCACCCCACAGAGCCCAUCACCCAGCCCUUCCCAGCUUGCUUUUAUUAGCCAGGAUGGGCAAGGAUCAAGGAGACAGGUGGUUGGUUUCACGCGUCCAAGCAGCCUGUCCACAUCCUCGGGGGUAACGGAUUGAAAUUGAUUCCAUGCAACUUGACCAGACAGGGCUCUAGCACUCUCCCACCACAGCCCUGCUUCCAAGGUGGUGUCUACCUCCUUCCGAAUCUGAGCGACUUUAUCUGCAAAAAACUUUGCAAAAUCGUUGCAGGACAUCUUGGGGUCUUUACAAGAGUCUCCUGCUACUAUUUUCUGUAGAUGCAAUAGAGGUGGUGAGGAAAGUCUUCUUCGCAGUCGCUAUCGCCACUUGGUAGGCUCGACAUUGAGCUCUAACCCUUGUCUGGUCCGAUUCAGAAUGAGUUUUCUGCCACUGGCGUUCUAGCCGUCUCAGUGAUUGUUUCCUCACCCUCAGCUCCGAAGAAUACCAUGGGGCUGUCUGGGCUCCAUGCAAUCGGAGGGGGCGCUUCGGAACCAGACAGUUGAUAGCCCUGGUUAACUCUGCGUUCCAGCGGGCCACCAGGGAAUCAGCUGAAAGGCCAUCAACAUGGGAUAAAGCAUCCCUUACCACUCUCUGGAAACCAUUUGGAUCCAUUAAGAGGCAGGGGCGGACCAUCCAAAUUGGUCCCACCUCCCUGCAGAGGGGAAGGGUCGCAGGGAAGUCCAGUUGCACCAGGAAGUGAUCUGACCAUGGCACUUCUUUCGUUUCACUUUUACUUAGUGUCAGAUUACCCAUGUCACUAGAGGUGAACACCAGGUCUAAGGCAUGUCCAUGACUAUGAGUUGGGCCAAACUUAUUCAGGGACAGCCCCAUAGAGGCCAUGCUUUCCACGAAGUCCCAAGCAGCCCCUUGUAAGGUUGUGGUGGCAUGGAUGUUAAAAUCCCCUAGGACAACCAAACUAGGUGUCUCCAGGAGAACAUCCACCAUGACAUGAAGCAGCUCGGGCAGGGAAUCCUUGGUGCAGCGGGGAGGUCAGUACACCAAAAGGAAUCCUGUAGUGUUCCUAUUGCCCAACUUCCAGAACAUGCACUCAGAGAACUGGGUCUUCCAGUAGGACGCCUGGUGAAAGUUAGUGACUUCCUAAAAAUCACUGCAAACCCCCCCCCCCCAUCCACAUGACCUGGGUUGCUGUGUGUAAGGGGAACCUGGUGGACAAGCAGCAGCUAGGACAGGCCCAUCUGCUUCAUCCAACCAAGUCUCUGUUACACAUGCCAGGUCAAGUCCUCCAUCCACGAUCAAGUCAUGGAUGGCAGUGGGCUUAUGAAUCAUUGACCUAACAUUGCACAGCAACACCUUCAGGUCAUGUGGGUUUCCCUUGUUGAGCGCAAAUAUAACAUUGAAUCACAAUGGUAUAAAAUAACUCAGCAAGCUGACAUUUAUCAAGAGUUAAACAAAGGUUAGUGUACUAAAUAUUAUUUCCAAUUCUAGGUAGUUUGCUAUUGGAGAAAUACCAUAUAUGAUUAUAAAAAUCUAAAGCAAAAAUUAUUUAAAAAAUAUGAUUUCAUUUCUAGAUCAGACAGACAAGAUUUCUUCUACUAUAUACUUUUUUCUUUAUCAUAUACACACAAAGCUUCUAUUUUUAAACAGGAAAUAUUUUUGUAACCUAAGGUCUAUUAUACAAAUCCGUACAGAUGUUCAUUUUGUUACAGUUCUGUUAAGUUGUAUACAAAUUAUAAAGAUUCCAAGUUUUUUAUGUUCCUCCAUGAGUCUAUUAUUUACUAAAUUGGCGAGUUUUGCCAUUACUGCAUAUUCUGAUAGUUUCUCUUUCCAUGCAUUUAUUUCCGGACAUAAGUCAGAUUUCCAUAUGUUAGCCAACACCACUCUGACUGCUGUGGUCAUAUAACUAAAUAGUUCCACUGAUGAUUUCACAAUACAGUAGCUGAAGGAGUCAAUUCCAACUGCAUAGUUUUGGGGUCCAAUGCAAUUUUAGGGUUUUUUUUUUAAACAUUUUUUGCAUUUCAAAAUGAACUUUUCUCCAAAACUUUUUCGUCUUUUCACAGGUCCACCAUAAAUGAAAAAAGGUUCCUUGAGGUCUAUGACAUUUCCAGCAACGUCCAUUCAUUUCAUUAUUCAUCUUCUGUAUGUCUUUCAAAGUUAUAUACCAUUGAAAGUGUCGAGAUCUCCGCUCGGCCAAGCUGAUAAAGCUCAUUUUCCUCCGGCCGAGUCCUUCAGAAUCGCCUCCCGACGUGAUUAACGACCUGAGCCUUUGAUGAGGCCUCAGGCACAUUCCCAUCCAGCAGAGUUUCCAGCACAGGGAAGUGAUGCGAUUUAUGGCUACAGCGCUAUGGUUUAUUUCUUACUACACAGACAGGAAAGAAAUAAGCAUCCUCUCUCUAUGAAAGCAGAGAGCAACUGAAACAAACAAAGGACCAGGAAACCACUAACUUUAAAAAAGAAAGAAAGAAUUAUUGUGUUUUGUAAAAAAAAUCCAAUAAAAGGGGGGAGACAACACCUGUUGUUGUUUAGUCGUUUAGUCGUGUCCGACUCUUCGUGACCCCAUGGACCAGAGCACGCCAGGCACUCCUGUCUUCCACUGCCUCCCGCAGUUUGGUCAAACUCAUGCUGGUAGCUUCGAAAACACUGUCCAACCAUCUCAUCCUCUGUCGUCCCCUUCUUCUUGUGCCCUCCAUCUUUCCCAACAUCAGGUCUUUUCCAGGGAGUCUUCUCUUCUCAUGAGGUGGCCAAAGUAUUGGAGCCUCAGCUUCACGAUCUGUCCUUCCAGUGAGCACCCAGGGCUGAUUUCCUUCAGAAAGGAUAGGUUUGAUCUUCUUGCAGUCCAUGGGACUCUCAAGAGUCUCCUCCAGCACCAUGAUACGAAAGCACCAAUUCUUCGGCGAUCAGCCUUCUUUAUGGUCCAGCUCUCACUUCCAUACAUCACUACUAUACGGACCUUUGUUGGCAAGGUGAUGUCUCUGCUUUUUAAGAUGCUGUCUAGGUUUGUCAUUGCUUUUCUCCCAAGAAGCAGGUGUCUUUUAAUUUUGUGGCUCCUGUCACCAUCUGCAGUGAUCACGGAGCCCAAGAAAGUAAAAUCUCUCACUGCCUCCUUUUCUUCCCCUUCUAUUUGCCAGGAGGUGAUGGGACCAGUGGCCAUGAUCUUUGUACUUUUUGAUGUUGAGGUUCAGACCAUAUUUUGCGCUUUGUUAUUAGCAGUGCUUUCUAAGGCCCAUUUGACUUCACUCUCCAGGAUGUCUGGCUCAAGGUCAGCAACCACACUACCUGGGGUGUACGAGACAUCCAUAUCUUUCUGGUAUAAUUCCUCUGUGUAUUCUUGCCACCUCUUCUUGAUGUCUUCUGCUUCUGUUAGGUCCUUACCACUUUUGUCCUUUAUUAUGGUAAUCUUUGUACGAAAUGUUCCUUUCAUAUCUCCAAUUUUCUUGAACAGAUCUCUGGUUUUUCCCAUUCUCUUGUUUUCCUCUAUUUCUUUGCAUUGCUCAUUUAAGAAGGCCUUCUUGUCUCUCCUUGCUAUUUUUUGGAAAUCUGCAUUCAGUUUCCUGUAUCUUUCUCUAUCUCCCUCGCAUUUUGCUUGCCUUCUCUCCCCUGCUAUUUGUAAGGCCUCGUUGGACAGCCACUUUGCUUUCUUGCAUUUGCUUUUCAUUGGGGUGGUUUUCUUGCUGCCUCCUGUAUAAUGUUGCGAGCCUCCAUCCAUAGUUCUUCAGGCACUCUGUCCAGCAAAUCUAAAUCCUUAAACCUGUUCCUCACUUCCACUGUGUAUUCAUAAGGGCUUAGAUUGUAUCUUACUGGCCCAGUGGUUUUUCCUACUUUCUUCAGUUUAAGCUUGAAUUUUGCUAUAAGAAGCUGAUGAUCUGAGCCACAGUCAGCUCCAGGUCUUGUUUUUGCUGACUGUAUAGAGCUUCUCCAUCUUUGGCUGCAGAGAAUAUAAUCAAUCUGAUUUCGAUGCUGCCCAUCUGGUGAUGUCCAUGUGUAGAGUCGUCUCUUGCGUUGUUGGAAAAGAGUGUUUGUGAUGACCAGCUUGUUCUCUUGGCAGAACUCUAUUAGCCUUUGCCCUGCUUUGUUUUGAACUCCAAGGUCAAACUUGCCAGUUGUUCCUUUUAUCUCUUGACUCCCUACUUUAGCAUUCCAACCCCCUAUGAUGAGAAGAACAUCCUUCUUUGGUGUCAUUUCUAUAAGGUGUUGUAAGUCUUCAUAGAAUUGGUCAAUUUCAGUUUCUUCAGCACCAGUAGUUGGUGCAUAAACUUGGAUUACUGAUGUUAAAAGGUCUGCCUUGGAUUCGUAUCGAGAUCAUUCGAUCAUUUUUGAGAUUGCAUCCCAGUACAGCUUUCGCCAUUCUUUUGUUGACUAUGAGGGCCACUCCAUUUCUUUUACGGGAUUCUUGCCCACAGUAGUAGAUAUGAUGGUCAUCCGAACUGAAUUCGCCCAUUUCCGUCCAUUUGAGUUUACUGAUGCCCAGGAUGUCAAUAUUUAUUCUUGCCAUCUCAUUUUUGACCACAUCCAACUUACCAAGGUUCAUGGUUCUUACAUUCCAGGUUCCUAUGCAAUAUUUUUCUUUACAGCAUUGGACUUUCCUUUUGCUUCCAGGCAUAUCCGCAACUGAGCGACCUUUCAGCUUUGGCCCAGCCGGUUCAUCAGCUCCGAAUCUACUUGUACUUGUCCUCCGCUCUUCCUCAGCAGCAUGUUGGAUGCCUUCUGACCUGAGGGGCUGAUCUUCCAGCGUCAUAGCUUUUAUAUGCCUGUUGUCUUUGUCCAUGGAGUUUUCUUGGCAGGGAUACUGGAGUGGCUUGCCGGUUCCUGCUCCAGGUGGAUCACAUUUGGUCAAAACUCUCCACUAUGACCUGUCCAUCUUGGGUGGCCCUGCACAGCAUAGCUCAUAGCUUCUCUGAGUUAUUCAAGCCCCUUCACCACGGCAAGGCAGUGAUCCAUGAAGGGGAGACAACACCUACAAUGUUCUAAUGCUGCUUUUGACAGGUUUCUAUAUUAAUUGUAUUGCCAUGUUUAUUUUAUAUCCCAUAUUUUAUUCCAAGCUGCUCAAGGUGCCCCUUAUAGUUCUCCUUCCCGCUUUAUGCUCAAAACAACCCUGUGAGGUAGGUUAGGCUGAGAGUGAAGUGGCUGACUCUAGGACACCCAGUGAGCUUCAUGGCUAAGUGCAGAUUUGAAAUUUGAUUUCCCAGACCCCUAGUUCAACACUCUAACCACACCACCACACUUUCAUUUUGAAUUGUAGUGUGGGGUAUGGAUUUUGUUUAUCACUGUAGGGGUGGCAGCUCUGGUAACUUAUUUAUUGGUAGUAUUACCUUGAUUGUGUUGUGACUCUUUCUUUUGAAAUAUGCAAACCUCAGUAAAGAACUAAUUUUUUAAAAUGUUGUGCACAUCAACCUCCCCCGACCCUGGUGCCCUCCAGAUGAUUUAAAGAACAAUUCUCAUUAUCCUCAAAAGAACAUGACUGUACACCAGGUUGCAGAAAUCUGGUGUACCAGGGGGUGAAGAUGCUAUCCUGUAUACUACUGUGUAUUAUUUAGUCAUUUGCCUAUUAUAUUUAUAUCCCAGCUUUCACUCAAGUUGGGAUUCAACAUUUUGAAGCAGCAUUAUAAAAUACAAAGUCAUAAAAACAAACUAGUUAGGAACAAUAGUUUACAAUACAUCAGAACACAUUUGGAACCAGUAAUUGAAAUCCUGUUUGUCUUGACAGCAGCCCAGUGGUCAGCAUCGCCUGUACCUUAAGUUCCCAAAGGCCUGUCUGAACAGGAAGGCCUUAGCCUGCUGGUGGAAGGAUAACAAGGAGGGGGCUCAUAUAACCUCUCUUGGGAGGGAAUCCUAUCUAGGGGAGCAGCCACAGAAGGGGCUCUCUCUCCUGUCACCACCUAAUGGGCUUCUGGUGUUGAUGGGACAGAGAGAAGACAGUUUUUGCCAAGGUGCAUUUCAGAUCUUUUGGAUGACAACGACCAUGUUGGCUGGAGCUGAUGGGAGUUGUAGUCCCAAAUACCUGGAGGGCAUCCAUUUGGCUAAAGCUGCAUAGCAUCUUCUAGUAUGUGACCUCAUGUAGGUAAAACAGCACCACCUACCCACAACAGGCUUGGAAGAGCUUGAAGUUUUUCAAAAGUUUAAAACUAACUUUUUUGGGGGGGAGUGAUUGGACCCAGAGAGGGCAAAACAGCUCACUUAGGGUGAAAUGUACACACUGAGCAAGGAAUAAUGACUGGCUUCUGAGAAGCAGUGAGGAGAAAAUUUGGUGGUGGAAGGCAGUAUCCUGGAAGAGAGGCUGUCUGGCAGAGUCCAUACUGCAGCAGUUUGUUUCACUCUUGUAUGAAUAAUAAGAUUGGGGUAUUCACAGUAUUUUGCACAUACGCCCUCAAUAAUCCAUAGAACAGCCCAGCAAGGUUACCCAGCCUUGUUUUAUCCCCAUGUUGUAGAUGGAGAGGCUGAGAGUGACUUCCCUGAGACUCUCUGACUGAGUUCAUAGCCCAGGGUUACCCUGGUUCCCGGCUCAUCCUAGUAGCUGCUACAGCAUUUAUGCAUGUUUGUUCAAUGGUGUUUACUCCUGGGUAAGUGUAGUGGAAAUGCGGAAGACAAUUGUAUUUUGAGGAGUUAGGUGGCAUGUCCCUUUCCCUUUAACACCCCCAGUUUGAGGUCUGCUGGAUUCUUGUGUUUCACACACCUGUCGGGAGUUUAUUGGGUUCUUCUGUGUUGCAAGUGCUGGCUGGAUGCCCAGCUGCAGGUAGUGGGAGACUCUCAGCCGCUUUGUAUUAGUUCCAUCUCAGGGUCCUGGGCUAAUCAUGGGUAAUGCCAGAUGCACUUGAUUACAUCAAGGCAGGCUAUAAAAGCCAUAGGUGGGAGGGGACCAGAGAGCUUCUACACAGAUCAAAGGACCUGAUGCUGGGAGACCGACGGUCGGGGUCUUUCUCCUGCUGCUCUACCUGGGGCUCUGGGCAGCUGAAGGGGAGAUUGGGUAUGUUUUAUGUUAUGCUUUGCAUGCCUGCUGUUUAUUAGUUAAUAAAACUGUUUUGGUUCCUCUUCCACCUCCUCAUUCCUUUUGUCCUCAUAACCUUGGAAAGAACUCUAGAGAAUAAUUUAUUGCUCAGAGAGAUAAGGUCCGGCGUACUUCUGUUGCGCAGCACACAUUCCAAAAGCUAUGAGAAAAAGCAGAGUCUCACAGCAGUCAGAAAUAAAGCCUUCUGUCUUCUGUGCAUCAAUGUGCAUAAAUCAGGCUCUCACGCAGAGCUACUAAAACUAAAAGCACUUUAUUUGCAGCAAAAACUAUCCAUUAUCCAGCAGAGUACAGAACAUCAUACAAACGUGUCUGCCCCGGGCGAAAACGAAAGCAGAACAGAACAAAGAAUUGAGACUGUUGGAAGUGACGCAGAGUCUCUCCGCCCCACAGUAGGCAGGACGCACACUCUAAGCUGUUUAACCCUGCAAGCUCAGGUUCUCCUCACCCCCCCUCUCGUCCUGCACUACUGGGGGCAAGCAAGUAUCACCACUUAUCCCAACUCCAAACCACCACAGAACUCCCCAUGACGCUGGAAGCUCAAUGGUUUAGUGAAACCAUCAGCCAAGUUAUCGUGGCUGGCACAAUAUUUGAGCCCUAUCAAACCUGACUGGACACUUUGACACACAUUCUGGAAACGUAUGUCUAGAUGCUUGGUUCUGGCCUUAAACUGUCCAGAUUCUGCUAGCUUCAGACAGGGUUGAUUGUCUCCUCAAACAGUGAUGGGCAAGCUACAAUCCCCACAGAUCUCUUGCACCAAGCAUCUAUAGAACUCCAGUUCCCGGCACAAAUCUGACAGUGUGCUGAACUCAGCCUCAGUAGAGGAUAGCGCAACGAGACUUUGCUUCCGGGACUUCCACCCAAUAAGAGAUUUCCCGAACUUUAUUACUAUCCCAGAUACGGACUUCCUGUCAUCCAGAUCCGCCCAGUCUCUGUCUGCCCAGCAUGUGAGCUUCGUCUCAUCUGCAGCUGACAGUUUGAGACUGAAGUCCUUGGUAUCCUGCAGGUAAUGCAGUACCCGCUUGAUACCAUGCCAGGCAUUUAAACUGGGUUUUGUAACUUCCCUACUGAGCAGAUUGGUAGCAAAAGCAACAUCCGGUCUGCUCCAUUGGGACAGAUACAACAGACUACCCAGAGCUGACUGAAAGAGCUCAGCGUUCUCGAACUCAGCGCGUUCUGCUUGCUGACUGUCUUUCACGUAGCUCGUCUCCAUGGGUGUCCUAACCCCUGCACAGACAUUCUGAACUUCUCAAGCAACUGCUCAGUCUUGUCUUUCUGACUGAGCAAGAAGCUACCAUCCUCAGUUCUAGCUAUUUCCACGCCCAGGUAGAUCUUUACUGCACCCAGGUUCUUGAGCUGAAACCGUUUCCCAAGCUCUUUGGCAAACUUCUGUACCUGUUUGUCUGCCCUUGUGGUGUAAAUUAUGUCAUCAGCGAAGAUUAACACCAUUUCCUGUGACUCUCCUGACCCUUUAAGGUACAGGCAACUGUCAGCAAGACUCUUCUUGAAACCUAGCUUCUCUAAUUCUAAGCAGAAUUCUGGACUGAUCCCCUGAUGGAUAGGCAAAUCUCCACCCCUUGGUCCCUGGCUCAUACCCACAGAAAAUCAUCUUUUGGGACCUAGGGCCACCCUUUCUGCAUUUGGCCUUUGGUAUAAGGACCCAAGCCUCACAGCCAAAAACACGGAAGAAAUGCACCUCGGGCUUCUUGCUGUGCAGCAGAAAAUAGGGUGUGUCCCCUACCACUGAAUUAAACGACCUGUUCAAGGUAAAGUUGGCCGUCCGCCAAGACUGUGGACAUCUCCUGCAGCAUUCUGUUCCGGCGUUCCGGCGUUCUGGAACGCCAUUCUGUUGGGGACUGUGUGGAACUGUCAACCUGUGUUGAAUUCCCUUCUGGUGGAAGAAACUUUGCAGCGCAGACCCGGUGAAUUCUCCGCCCCGGUCACUCUGAAAAUUCUGCAGUUGCAUGGAAAACUGCAGUUCCACUGCCGCAAUAAGUCUCUGAUUAGUGGCACAGCCUCACUCUUGUGUUUAAGCAUGAACAGCCACCACCCAUUCCUCGAAAAAUCAUCUAUCAGACCAAUGCAAAUUUGGCCCUACCCAGACUGGCUACUGACAUAGGGCCACACAAAUCUGCAUGCACCAGCUGAAACGGCCUAGUGGUCAUCCUUUCAGACCUUGUGUAUGUGCACGUUUUCACCUUUGCGUGCUUACACGCUCUGCACUCAAGAAACCUAGCACAUGACUUCAUUUUGCACCCCUCAGUGCAUUCUGGGAUCUUCUUCAUGUAACCCCAUGACACGUGAGCCAUACGUCUGUGCCAGAGAUGAGCACACGCAUCAUGGACUCGAACAUUGGCACAUUGCACUUGAGCUGCCUCCGUGGUAUCUGGACCUGCAAGAGAAGCUUUUAGCACAAACAGCCUAUCUUUACAUUCCACACUGACUAGUUGUUGCCCAUCCCUGGAAAUAGAACACGUUAUUCUCAAAACAGACUCUAUAAUUGUCAGCAACAAGAGCAGUGACAGAUAGCAAUGCACAGGACAGUCCAGGAACAACAAACACCGGUAUCAAAUCCUGUAAGAAAGAACAAAACAGUGAGCCAGUCUGAGUCAAAGCACGCUUAGUCCCAUCUGCCAAACAAACAGAUUUCCCAGAGACUACAGAGGUGCAAUCCCUCAGAAAACCACCAGAGGGCAUGAGAUGAUGGGAAGCUCCACUGUCAAUCACGAAGGUCAGCACAGCGUCCUGUUUACAGCUCUUGACUGUUGCCAUAGAAGCCGCCAAAUGUUUAUGUUCAGGGCAAUCUAUGCCAGCUGCCUUUGGCUUUUGCUUCCCACGUUUUGAAGAGCUCCUAAUCUGGUUGCUCCGGGAGAUGACCUUGGGCCCUUCCUGUGCCUCCACCAGGCAGUCUCUCACGAGAUGGGAGGGGGAGCCACAUCUAUAACAGCGUCUCGAGGCAAAUGCUCUCACAGUGUCCCCUCCAGCCAUUCCUGCAUUCCCUGCACCCCCACAUUUGGGUGCACAGCCUGGGCCUGCAUGCUCCCCAGCACUCUGGUUUCGAGCCUCUGCAUCACGUGGCCUCCCAGAGACAAAGCAGCAACUCCCAGCUGUAACUUCAGGAAUGUGGCCUUCAGCCCCCACCAGGCCCUCGGCUCCUGGUGAGCUUUCACACAGACUCUUCAGCGCCUGCCAGACGCCCUGGGCUGUCUUAAGACCCUCCAGGGGGGGUAACAGCAAAGCAUCCACACUUGCUCUCAGCAUGCAGAGCUCUCUCUGCACUCUCUCCCUCUGCAGAGCAGCCUCCAUGUCUGCUGCACCAGCUCCAGCAGCAGCUUGCAUGGGUGGGGCCAGCUUCUUCUGGAAAGAACUCCAGAGCCCUGUGGCCAAAACAACCCCCUUGCUCUUCUGGACCAGAUUUCCCAGUUCUGGCCAGUGAGCUUCUCAAACAGGACAUCAAAAGAUUCCUGGAGCUCUGCCAUCUCCUCCCCCGGUCCUCCCUUGGGGCUCAGAAGUACUCAUGCGUACCAGCCGUCUUCCGAGGAGAGGCCUCCAGCAACUCUUUGCAGCACACAGCUUGCAGCCAGCGAGACUCCCUGCUUCCCUCCAGGCAGGGUCUCAGAGCUGGGCUUUCUUCUUCAGCAGCCAGCAGCUUUACAGCACAUAAAAGCAGGCUUUUUCUGACAGUGUAAAAGCUUCGGCUUCCAUAACCUCUGAGAAUAAUUUAUUGCUCAGAGAGUUAAGGUCCGGCGUGCUUCUGUUGCGCAGCACACAUUCCAAAAGCUCUGAGCAAAAGCAGAGUCUCACAGCGGUCAAAAAUAAAGCCUUCUGUUUUCUGUGCAUCAAUAUGCAUAAAUCAGGCUCUCACGCAGAGUUACUGACAGACUCUGGGGUUGCAGUGCUCAUCUCCCUUUAUUGGCCGAGGGAGCAUGACUAAGCCGCUUCUGGCGAACCAGAGCAGCGCACGGAAACGCCGUUUACCUUCCCGCCAGAGAGGUACCUAUUUAUCUAUUUGCACUUUGACGUGCUUUCGAACUGCUAGUUUGGCAGGAAUUUACAGCGUAAACUAUCCAUUAUCCAGCAGAGUAUGGAACAUUGUACAAACGUGUCUGCCCUGGACGAAAACGAAAACAGAACAGAACAAAGAACUGAGACUCUCGGAAGUGACGCAGAGUCUCUCCGCCCCACAGUAGGCAGGAUGCACACUCUGAGCUGUUUAAUCCUGUAAGCUCAGGUUCUCCUCACAAGAACUGCUGUAUUUGGCAGCACAGUAAGUGCUUAAAGAGACACGCUCCAUCUUCUGCUCCACAUGGAACAGCAGCCUUGCUGAGAUCCGUUUUGCUUAUUUCUCCAUGCCAGGUAUGCCCUUCUCCCACCUGGGGACAGUCCCUGUGCCCAUGUGGGGCAAAACUCCUUGUACCUAACUCCUGCAGAGCCAGGCAGCAGGAAAGGGAAAGUCAUCUGUUGCGUUCUGAAGGUAAAGGAAGGACUGGACCCUGAUUAAUAAAAUAGACACGCGGCUUGACCAGAAAGACUCUGGGAGAAAAGUGUGCGAGACUUCCGGGUUGGCGCCUCUGGCAAUGGCGGAUUUCCUCCGAUCGGGAGGAAUCCGCUCCGUGGAAAACAGGGUCUGAACCGCCACGGCGAGGCGGAGACCCAUUAAAAACCACAGGCAGGAGAAGCCUGUGGACGUGGGAUUCGGCUGGCACCUUUGCGCCUCCCCUACUCGCGGGGAAACCCUGUUUUGGGGAUCCGGAGCGACGUGGGGUGAGUGGCGCGGUGCUUUGAAUCGACUGCUUCUUUCAUGGAGUGAAGCUGCAUUGCUGUUGCCGGAGAGCGCUGACUUUUUCCUGUGGACAAUUGGACCUUAAAAAACUACUUGUGAGUAAAACGGAAAAUUGGAUUCUUAAAUACUUUAAUUCGGCAUUGAAACGGGAAGGUUAUAAACAGGAAUUCCGCCUCCCGUUUUUGUAAAUAGAUUGAAGCAAAGACGUUACAAGUUAAAGCCUUUGAAAGCUUUUGGCAAAGGAUUAAAUUUCCGCCGGUUUAAAAUACAAAACCCCCCUUGGAAGCAGGAGAAGAGGGGGAAAUUUUGGAUCUAGUGAGCCUGCAGGAGAGAGUGAAAAAAUCAAAUUACCACUGCUCUGAACCUGGGAACGGGCUGCCAGAUGACGUUUGGAGAGAGUGCUUUUGACAGAACGGAUUUGACAGCUAGCUAAAUAAGAGUAAGAUACUGUUUCCAUUGUCCUUUUCUGCGUUUAAAAAGAGGAAAAGUAACUGAAAAUUUAUCUUUAAUGCUUGAGUUGCGCUUGAAAGAACUGAUACAAGUGGAGACUGUUUCCCUCUAGAGGGAGCUUUUGAAACUGUUACAGGAGUAUAACUGGGGGAUUUCCAGUUGCAGAUAAGGAUUCUUGAGAACCAGAGAGUGACCUUGGACGAUUUAAAAAUGUUGACAGGAGAGGCCAUUGUGACUGUUUUAUGCAAGAUAAGCUGUUCGCUGGGACAGCUUCACAAGAAGAUGGAUGAUAUGACUUUCAAAGUUGAUACUUUGGAACAGAAAGUGACCAACUUGAGUCAAAAAGCGAACACCAACACAGAAAUAAUUCAGGACUUGGUACAGGAACCCAUUUUGGCAGGACAAAUGGUGGAGGAGAAGGAGGAGAAGGAGAAUGCUGCUGUUGUUGAACAUAAAAUAAUACAAGUGAGAUCUGUGGUUUUACAGAAGCAAAUUGAGGACUAUAAGUUGAGGCCUUCUAUGAUUGAAUCUAGGAAAAGUCAGACUCUGAGGAAUGGAUCCCGGCUUGGAUUAAAGGAGGAAAGUUGGAAAGAGCCCUCUAUGCAGGGAUUAACUGACUUUUGGGACAUGGACUCGGGCCUGGAGGAGAUUGAAGUUUUGGGGGCCUUUGGAAUUGGAGGAAUUUUGAAAUAUACCCGGAAAUACUUUAUGGACUGUAGCUUUAACUAUGGAAAUUUAGCUGAUCUGUUCAGAAGGAAGAAAAGGAUUGACAGGCUGGAGUUUCCCCAAGAUUUGCUCUUUAGCAUUAAAGAAAAUGAAGAAGACCUGCAGAAGGGACUUGGGAAAGAGUUAAGAGCCUCGGACAUAAGAUCACCAGGUUGACUGACUUUAUGGAAUUGACGGAAAGGACUGGCAGAAUCCGAAACCUGGGAGAGGAGAUGGUGGAAGAAGACUGGAAAAAUUAAAGUUUAUAUAUAGACUUAUGGUAAAACUAAUGAGUGAUAGAAAAAUGGUGGAAUGAUUUUUAUUUUUUAUGGGCUUAACAGAAAUGUUAUAAGGAGUUAAGCACAUAUAAGUAUUUUAGUUUUAAUGGAAAAUAAGGUUAAAAAAUACGUUAUUUACAAUAUCACAGAAAAUAGAGAAAGAUGGAAAGGAUUUGCUGAAACAAUUACAGUGGUGCCUCGCAAGACGAAAAGAAUACGUUCCGGGAGUCUCUUCGUCUUGCGGUUUUUUUCGUCUUGCGAAGCAAGCCCAUUAGCGGUUUAGCGGAUUAGCGCUAUUAGCGGCUUAGCGGGCUUAGCAGAUCAGCUGAUAAGCGGCUUAGUGGCUUAACGGAUCAGCUGUUAAGCGUCUUAGCGGAUCAGCUGAUAAGCGGCUUAGUGGCUUAAGGGAUCAGCUGUUAAGCGGCUUAGCGGAUCAGCUGAUAAGCGGCUUAGUGGCUUAACGGAUCAGCUGUUAAGCGGCUUAGCGGAUCAGCUGAUAAGCGGCUUAGUGGCUUAGCAGAUCAGCUGUUAAGCGGCUUAGCGGAUCAGCUGAUAAGCGGCUUAGGGAUCAGCUGUUAAGCGGCUUAGUGGAUCAGCUGAUAAGCGGCUUAGUGGCUUGGGAAAAAGGGGGGGGGAAGGAAAAAAACACCGCAGGAACUCGCAAGACAUUUUCGUCUUGCGAAGCAAGCCCAUAGGAAAUUCGUUUUGCGAAGCACCUCCAAAACGGAAAACCCUUUCGUCUAGCGGGUUUUCGUCUUGCGGGGCACCACUGUAAUAGAAGUGGAAUACAAAAAGGGAGGUGUGAGGAGGUCGAGGAAACAAGGGAAUGAAAGAUAGAGUAUGGAAAAGAGACGAUGUAUGUUUUUAAAUUGUUUUUGUUUUGUUCUAUUUAGAGUUAAGGUUAGGGAGUGGGGUUUGUUUAGUUUAGUUUAAUGUGUUUAGUUUUGAGUUUAGGUUGUGUUUUGUAUUGUUUAUAUAUUGUAUUGUAUUGUUUUUUUCUUUUUGUUUUUCUCCUUUGUUUUUUCUUUUGUUUUUUUUUCUUUUUUGCUUUUUCUCUCUCUUUUUGUAAUCUAUAAAAGUAAUAAAUAUUAUUUUUUUUAAAAAAGAAAAGAAAAGUGUGCAAUGCCACUCCCUGGCCCAGGCCGUUUUUAUUCACAAAAGAACUUUAACACAGCGUUUGUAACAACCAAUCAGAUUUCCUCUGAGCAUUUCAAAAAAUCCCAUGUGGGGACAAAGUGAGAUCAGAGGAAGCCUCUUAACUACAAAGAACUAUUUACUAUUUGAGCAUGCAUACAUGUUUAGGCUAAAUAAAACAGGAACCAAAGAGGAAUGCAUUUAGCAAACCCCGGAGGUCAUAAACCUAUAGGAAAGGAAAUACAGGCAUUUUACCACCUCCAUGUAAACUCUGUUCCUGGCCCUAAAAGCUACCUAAAGAUUACCAAAAGCUACAUCAAAGCUACCGCCUUUUCUUUAUGUACUCAGGAUGCCUGGUGAACAACUAGUCUGUGCUAUGUGACUACCAGGCAUAGAGAAAAUGGGCAGAGGUGCAGAGGCUUGUGGGAUUGAUCAGAAAUCAUGUCAAAUGACUCAAGCCCAGUCACAGGGAUUUGAACCGCUGACCUUCUGAUGCGCAAGUACUAGGCUCUGUAGUUUAACCCACAACGCCACCCGCAUCCCUUACCUGACAGCAAUUGCAGAGAGUGCUGCUGCUUUUAGGUCCUGCUUGUGGGCUUUGCAUUGGGGCAUCUGGCUGGCCUCUGAGCAGGGGCAGACUUUGGUAAUCUUUGGUAAACUGGUGCACUGAGUUAUGACAAAAUUUGGCACACUGAAAUGGACCAUCUCAAUUUUGCUCUCCCUCUUUUGGCGCCCUAUGUAUGGGAAGCACCCACAUUGCCCGAAAUCAGGCGCUGCUGUGAGAACAGGAUGCUGGACUAGAUGAGCCCCCUUUGGCUUGAUCCCACUACCAGGCUCUUACGUGUCUUUCUGGCUCCCAGAUGCACACUGUUGGACGGCACCUGCCUGGCGGGGUCUCUUGCCGCGGUAUGAGCAUGCCACCUUCAUUCCCACAAGCUGGCCCACGAGCCUCUGGGUGUUUGGAGGAGCCAGUGAAACUGGGAACAGUAAUUGUGUGCAAGCUCUGGACCUCCGUAUCAGUUAUUUCCGUUUCAUUUUAUUACUUCUUGGAGUAUUUUUGAAAAAAGAUUUCAAACAUGCAGCUGUCCAAUUUCUAAAUUUAUUCAUAUCCAAUAUUUGCAUCCCACUAUCCCACCAAGGAGCUCAGAGCAGCAAAUAUAGCUCUCCUGAGAAUAGUUAUCCUCACAACAACCCAUUGAGGUAGGUUAAGCUAGGAGAGAGUGAUUGGUCCAAGUUCACUUGGCCUUAGUCAAGGGGUUGAAUCCUAGUUUCUCAGGACUUAGUCCAACAAUCUUACCACUACACCACACUGGCUAUCUGUUAGAUGAUGAAAAUAACAAUAAAACUUAUUUCAGAGUGGUAGCUGGGUUAGCGUACUGCAGCAAAAACAACAGUGUCUUGUGUCACCGUCUAUAUCUAAUAAAUUUAUUAUGGCAUCAGCUUUUGCACACUACAAUCUGGCUUCUUUAGAUGCAUGAAGUAUUAUCCUGAGUUACUGCACUAGUGGGUCAGAAGGUGGAAUUGUGAGAUCAGAAGGAAAUAUGUAGAGAUGGUGAUACUUGUGUUUUAACAGUGGCCAUUGACAUACACACAAAAUAGUUGUUUAUAACAUCCAAGCCAUCGGUCAGAAAACUGGCACAUGUAAUUUGAUUUAAAGCCCCAAAAUGUUUCAAUUCAGUCCCUACCUUAUAGCACUAAAUCUCUUGAGGAAGUACAGUUCAGUAGUUUCAAGUUCUAGUUUCUCUUUGACGUUACUUUGAAUCAAAGUACCACUAAAUUAGCCUUGCAUUUAAGCACUCGCCUGGUAACCAAAGGGGACUAGGAAUUCCAUUUCUUUCUUCCACAUGUGACGUGUAAUUGGCACCCACCCCCAUUUUCUGUGCUUAUAAUUUACUUGUGUGCAAUCCCCAAUUUUUCAAUAUUGUAGCUUACAAAUAUUUUUGUUUUCCACGUUAGAAGGUGGAACUUGGAUGAGCCCUAAGGUGAUCGGCACUCCACCAUCCCUUCGGACUUAUCAUACAUCCUCAGCAGUGAUUGGGGACCAUUUAUAUGUAUUUGGAGGAGGCAAUAAAGGGGUGGAUCCAGUCAAAGACCAGCAGCUUCACAUCUUUGACUCUGGUAAGCUUCCUCUGCUCCUGUGCAGAUGUUUCCCAAACUAAAUGUUUAGCUGAUUCCCCUGGGCCUGACAGCAGAUGGAGCAAAGUAGGAGUUAAAUCCUGUUAGCCCUACUUAGAGAAAAACCGUCGAAAUGGAUAGACAUGACAAUGUAGGCCUUUUAAUUGCAAUGGGUCUACUCUUAGGUGAAACAUAGCUAAAUGCAACCCUAUGUGUGGGAAGCAGGGAGCAAGGACCCUGAGGUAGCUGUUGCUUCAUCUUAAUACAUUUCUCUCUCGCCACCUGUAGCCACUCUGACAUGGCUGCAACCAGAAGUUUGGGGCGACCCUCCUGCUCCUCGACAUGGCCAUGCCAUGGUGGCUGUCGAGAACAGGCUCUACAUACAUGGCGGAUUGGCAGGUGAUACCCUUUUUGAUUAUCUCUUCUGCUUUGAUACAAAUAAGUACUCAGUGGUGCAAACUUUGUGGAAAGGGAUUCUUAUCUUCCCAUCUUGCCUUAAAAAAACCCAAAGCCAUAAAACUUUAGCUUUUAGAAGCUACACAUUAUAAAGCAGGGGUCAGCAAUUUUUUUCAGCAGGGGGCUGGUCCACUGUCCCUCAGACCUUGUGGGGGGCCAGACUAUAUUUUGAAUUUUUUAAAAAAAUGAACUAAUUCCUGUGCCCCACAAAUAACCCAGAGAUGCAUUUUAAAUAAAAGCACACAUUCCACUCAUGUAAAAACACCAGGCAGGCCCCACAAAUAACCCAUAGAUGCAUUUUAAAUAAAAGGACACAUUCUACUCAUGUAAAAACAUGCUGAUUCCCGGACCAUCUGUCGGCCAGAUUUAGAAGGCGACUGGGCCUUAGUUUGCCUACCCAUGUUAUAAAGCCUUAAAGGCUAAGAAUGUGAGAAAUACUGUAGGAUCCUGAUUACAGUUUCCACCUGCAGGCUGUUACUACAGAAUUGUGGUACAGCCUUAGGAGGUGGUGUGGGGUAGUGGGUAGCGUUUGACAAGAUCCAGGAAGACGAGGAAUCAGAUUCCCACUCAGAUCUCACUGGGUGACCUUAGGUUAGGCACAAUCUCUCAGUCUAACCUACUGUGCAGGGUUGUGAGGAUACAAGGGAGGAAAGGGGAGGAUAACCAUGUAUGCUGCCAUAAGUUCCUUUAUGGAAAGGAAGACAUUAAUGAGAAAAAUAAAUUCUAAAUUCCAUUCAGCCUUCCUUUGAUUCCUCUUUUUCAGGCAUUUCCCAUCUGUUUAAGCCACCCCCCCCCAAUAAUCUUUGCUGUCAUUACAGCUAGAAUCUUAACUUUGACGUAACUGUCCCAAACUCUUUACCAAAUUCAUUUUCCUGUUGCAGAAUCACUGAAUGUGCAUGCAGCCCUGUUAUGUGUGUUUCAAGCUCAGUUUGCUUAAGCUUUGCACCUGAUGAGCACUGAUGUGGAUUGAUUUAAUGUGCUUGCAGCUGAAAUGAAGUGGGAGACCCUGUCGGCUACUGGAUCUGUACCAGCAGGGCGGGCAGCCCACUCAGCAGCUGUGUUUCAGGUCCAUUUGUAUAUAUUUGGUAGAAUGGACCCAACAGGAGCACUGGACACAAUGUGUAAAUAUCACAUAAGUGGGUGUUUCUUAUGAUGAUGUCUUUGGUUAGCUUCCAUUGGGAACAUUAUACUGGGGAAUCCUCUUUGCGUAUGUGCCAUCGCCAGCAAUUUUGAGAUGGCAGCCCCAGCCAUGUAACCUCCCCACAACCUUGACUUAUCUGAAGCUAGUAGUGGCUGAAGCUGAUGGGAGCUGUAAUCCAAAACAAAGUGCUUAUGUGGCCUCUGAUUAUGUAGUGUGACUCCCCCCAGGAUUAUAAACACUGUCACCACAUACUAAAGGGAGUGGGAGUAGUAGAUCAGAGGUAGAGCUCAUCUGUUGCAUGAAAAAGGUCCCAGUAUCAGUCCCUUGAGUCUGCAGUUUUUAACAAGAUGGAGAGGGAGGAGCAUCAGGGAACAGGUGAUACUGAAACAGAUCUUUUUGCAACCCUGGGAAAUUGUGGUCAAUUCAGAGUAGGCACACCUGGGCUACGUGUGCAAAAAGGUUGAUAUGGAAUAACGCAGCUUCAAGUUUAUCAAGAGCAUCUAUAGCUCAGUGAAAGAGCAGGUGUUUUGCAUGCAGAAAGGUCCCAGGUUUAAUCCCAAAUAUUAUCCAGUUAAAAGGAUCUUUUGCAGCAGGUGAUAGGAAUGCUGUCCAGAGUUGUAAAGACUGCACAGAGAAUAAUUGGGUGCACUCUUCCCACCUUGGAUCAAAUCUAUGCUUCCAGGUGCCAUAAGAAAACUGCAGAGAUAGUGCAGGAUAGUGCACACCCCGGAAAUGAUCUCUUUCAGCUUCUGCCUUCUGGAAGAAGGUACAGUGGUACCCCGCAAGACGAACGCCUCGCAAGACGGAAAACCCGCUAGACGAAAGGGUUUUCCGUUUUGGAGGCGCUUCGCAAAACGAAUUUCCCUAUGGGCUUGCUUCGCAAGACGACAGCCCAUAGGGAAAUCUCAGGGACAGCGGGGAAGCGCAGCGCGUCUUCCCCACUGUCCUCGGACCUCCUCCGAAGCCUGGCGGCGGAGCUGGGACACUCCUCCCGCCGCCGCCGGGCUCGGAAGGCUCCUCCGAGCCGGGCGGGGAGGGAACACCUGCCGCCGCCGCCCGGCUCGGAACGGUGCUCCGAGCCGGGCGGGGGAGGGAACACCUGCCGCCGCCGCCCGGCUCGGAACGGUGCUCCGGCCGGGCGGGGAGGGAAGACCUCCCCGCCGCCCGGCUUCGGAACGGUGCUCCGAGCCGGGCGGGGGGAGGGAAGACCUCCGCCGCCCGGCCUCGGAACGGUGCUCCGGCCGGGCGGUGGGAGGAAGACCUCCCCGCCGCCCGGCUCGGAACGGUGCUCCGGGCCGGGCGGGGGGAGGGAACACCUGCCGCCGCCGCCCGGCUCGGAACGGUGCUCCGAGCCGGGCGGGGGAGGGAAGACCUCCCCGCCGCCCGGCUCGGAACGGUGCUCCGGGCCGGGCGGUGGGAGGGAAGACCUCCCCGCCGCCCGGCCUCGGAACGGUGCCCGAGCCGGGCGGGGGAGGGAACACCUGCCGCCGCCGCCCGGCUCGGAACGGUGCUCCGAGCCGGGCGGGGGGAGGGAAGACCUCCCCGCCGCCCGGCCGGAACGGUGCUCCGAGCCGGGCGGUGGGGAGGGAAGACCUCCCCGCCGCCCGGCUCGGAACGGUGCUCCGGCCGGGCGGGGGAGGGAACACCUGCCGCCGCCGCCCGGCCUCGGAACGGUGCUCCGAGCCGGGCGGGGGGAGGAAGACCUCCCGCCGCCCGGCCGGGAACGGUGCCCGGCCGGGCGGUGGGAGGGAAGACCUCCCCGCCGCCCGGCUCCGGAACGGUGCUCCGGGCCGGGCGGGGGAGGGAACACCAGCCGCCGCCGCCCGGCUCGGAACGGUGCUCCGGCCGGGCGGGGGAGGAAGACCUCCCCGCCGCCCGGCCUCGGAACGGUGCUCCGGGCCGGGCGGUGGGGAGGGAAGACCUCCCCCGCCGCCCGGCCUGGAACGGUGCUCCGGCCGGGCGGGGAGGGAACACUGCCGCCGCCGCCCGGCUCGGGAACGGUGCCCGGCCGGGCGGGGAGGGAAGACCUCCCCGCCGCCCGGCUCGGAACGGUGCUCCGAGCCGGGCGGGGGAGGGAAGACCUCCCCGCCGCCCGGCUUCGGAACGGUGCUCCGGGCCGGGCGGGGGAGGGAAGACCUUCUGAAGGCGGGCGGGGGCGAAAGUCUUUGCUCCCCUGCCUGCCUGUCCCGGAGGGCUUUGAAGGCGGGGAGCAAAGACUUGCGCCCCGCCCGCCUUCAGAAGAGGUCCAGGACCUCUUCUGAAGGCUGGCGGGGGCAAAGUCUUUGUCCCCCUGCCUGCCUUCCCAGGGGCUUUAAGUUGCCCCGGACAGCGGAGAAGUCCUCCGCUGUCCCGGGUGAUUUUAAAUGCCGCCCGCCAGCAUUUUAAGAUCGCCCGGACAGCGGAGAAGUCCUCCGCUGUCCCGGGUUUUUAAAAUGCUGGGGGUGGGAAGAAAGCCCUUGCCCCCCCAGCCUUCAGAAGAGGUCCGGGACAGACUGUCCCCGGACCUGGUCUGAAGGCGGCUUCCUAGGAACGCAUUAACUGAUUUUCAAUGCAUUCCUAUGGGAAACCGUGCAUCGCAAGACGAAAAACUCGCAAGACGAAGAGACUUGCGGAACGAAUUAAUUUCGUCUUGCGAGGCACCACUGUACAGGGUUAUAAAGACUAGGACUAGCCGCCUGAGAAACAGUUUCUAUCCAAAUGCAGUGUAAGGAGUCUCUAUGGGAGUAUAUUGUAUUUAAAAAUGGGGUAUCAGAGUUUUUAGGGGGCUAACCAGGCUGGUAUAGCUGGCUUGUUGGUUUUAAAUGUCUUGUGUAGAUUUUUUCAAUUUUGUUGUUCUGUAUGAGACAAUGACAAUAAAGAUUAUCGUAUCGAAAGGGUAUUCUCUCUCUCCUCUCUCACUAGCAGAAACCUUGAGGAGCUGCUUUCAGUCAGUAUUAGGCAGCAGUGGGCUAGGUCAGGAAUAAUAGUACGUAAUUUAUUAUUUUUACCCAACCCAUCUGAACUUGUGGCUCUGCAAUAUGUUGCUGAAUCCCCACCCUUGGCCAUGCUGGUUGGAAGUUAGGAAUCCAACAGCAUCUGGCAGGCCACGAGUUUCUUACUCCUGGUCUAGAUGGGAAUAGUUUAAAAGGUGCCCAAGAGCCGCUCAGUGUUUCAGUGUUCCACUACACCCACAAGAACCCUUCUGGUCUAAAUACAGUGGUACCUCACAAGACGAAUGCCUCGCAAGACAAAAAACUCGCUAGACGAAAGGGUUUUUUGAGCUGCUUCGCAAGACGGUUUUCCCUAUGGGCUUGCUUCGCAAGACUAAAACGUCUUGCAAGUUUGUUUCCUUUUUCUUAACACCGUUAAUACAGUUGCGACUUGACUUCGAGGAGCAACUCAUAGAACGCAGUGUGGUAGCCUUUUUUGAGGUUUUUAAAGACUUUGGUGAUUUUUGAAGCUUUUCCAAAACUUUCCCGACACCGUGCUUCGCAAGACGAAAAAAAUCGCAAGACGACUAAACUCGCGGAACGAAUUAAUUUCGUCUUGCAAGGCACCACUGUAGUCCCAUACUGUUCUCAGUCAGGAGCCUGCAAGCAGGAAUUGUGCGAAACUGCAGUCUCCCCUUUUUGAUUCCCAACAACUGGUUUGCUAUAUCCUCCAUGAAUCUAUCUGUCAACAUCGCCCUUGAGCCAGUGCCACCAACUGGACUCAUCCACUUCAGCCCCGACUGGGCUAGGCGAGCUGGGUAGCACUUCCAGAGACCACCUUCUGCACAGGAACAGGUCAAAGUGCUGUGGACUCACAGCUUAGAGUUGUGAGCACCGGACUUACUUCCACAAGAAGACAGUCGUCGCACAGCAGAGUACAGCAGAGUCUAGCAGAGUAUAUAAACAACUCGGAGAGCAGCUCUGUAGAAUAUCUUCUUUAUUCUAUCUACAACUAUUAUACAACUAUAUACAGAGCUUAAUAGGUCUAAGCAUAAAUAAAUGCUGCACUGCACUGAGUGUCUGCAGCUGCUCUUAGCAGCAACCUUAUCUCUACACACAAUCUCUAACACUCAGUCUCUCUCUCCCCGACACUGACUGACUGACUGAUUUGGUGCUGGAGCAGAAUAAGUAGAGAGCAGAACACGCCUCCUCCUCUCUGGAGAAUCAGCAGACUUCUCAGGAGAUUCUUGGAUAUGGGAGGGGUGAAAUCUCCUCACUAUCUUUGCUGCUUUUAAAACCACACAAGCUGUCAGUAGUCACUGUUCCCAUGUAUGUCACUUAAAAUGUUAAGAGGGAAAAGAGAUCCCCAAUAUUUCCACUCCCUGUAGAAGCUUCAGGUCCAAUUUUCCAAGACUGACAAAUAGUGGUUUUAAUUGAAAAGAAGCUGCUGCAACCCCCCCUUUUUUUGCAUAGUUUUCCAUUUGUUUUUUUAACUGCAGAAAAGAGACAUUGGACAAAGCUGGAGUUUAAAACUCCUGUGCCUUCUGCUCGUCUGGACCAGUCUAUGUGUGUUGUUCCGUGGAAAGUGUCUUCCAAUGAGGACAGCAACGGGAAGGAAGGAGCUGGAGGCUCUAAUGGAGACAAUCUAUCUCAAGGCUGCCCAGAUGAACACUUAUGCUUAGUGUCUGGUGGAAUGCAUAUUAAAGGGUAA